AUGCGUGAAGCUGGCCUCAAAAAGCGCUCAAGGUCUGGUUGCAUUGGUAAAGCGCGUUCUUGCAGGUAUAUCACGUAUUAAGCGGGUCACCCAGAGCCAAGCCACAGGAAGGCAGACUGAAGUGGAACGAGCUGGUGAGCUUGCUAACCGAGUGCCGCUCAUACUUGCGUCAACUAGCCUCCUUGAACUUCCCGUCCGGAAGUCAAAAGACCUUCUUGGCGAGGUAGGAGAGGUAGAUCGAAAAAAUGACGGUGACAGUAGAUGCGAAAUCGGGAGCGAAGUCGAUGAAGGGGAGGUAAUGAUGGAUUUGGUCACUUCCUCGUCGGCUGAAUCAUCACCACAUCACACUGGCAGUGAUGCACCCCUAAAUAGACCUAGUGAGACUCUCUCUUCAAAAGUCGUGGAUGAUUCGAAAGAUCCCUAUGGUGUUAUCGAG